AUGUACUUCCGGUCGAGACGCCGAUACCGCGAACACGGCACGCCAUCAGCAAGCCAUCCCAAACAGCAAGUAUCAACCACCACCAACUCCUGCUAUUUAGUCGUCGUCGUCGUGUCUAUCUCCGAAGAGUGGAAGGACCUCGUCGUGUGA